CUAAUGGAACAAAAGACUCCCAGUAAGCCCACCAUGGUCUCCAGACUGCCAAAAUUUGGUUCCCGGCCUGUGAAUGCCCUGUCCUCUCAGCCUAACAGUACUCUCCAUGGUCAGCACACCCAUGAUUGCCGGAAAAUCUCUGGAAAACCCAGCAGAGUGGUACAGCCUUCAUCCUUCUCUAUGAAGUGGACAAAAGAGACUGGGAGCUCUACUGUCACCCUAAAUCAGGAACUGUCUGGAGGGAAAAGAGAGACUCAUGCCUUCCAUCCUCCAGGAACCCGAACAAACAAGAAACCUUCCACGCUGACUGCGACAGGGCGCAAAUCUGCAUCAUCUGUACUGAUAGGAAGUCCAAAACCAGGGCCCAAAUCCUCAAGGUCCAGGUCUAGCCCUAAAAUUGGCCAAACUGCAUCCCUCAGCUCCACCUCACCCAGCAGCUCCUCCUCUAAACUGACCCAGAAUGGUACUGUGGACUUGUCCACCAGUGGACGGGGUCCCCGGUUCCAGAGGCUGCGAGAUAAUCCCAGCUCUGGAGACGGCUUACCUCGGUCCAGCUGUGGCCUCAAAAUGCUUUCUGCCGACAGAAUGGUUCGCUCUCAGAGUUUCACUUACUUCAGGCAGCCCUCACCAACAAGCUCUUCCAUCCCACGCUCCUUCUCAUUCAGUAAGGCAGUGGAACUCGCCAAGCCUCUUCCCAACACCCAGCUGUGCCCUUUACGCGCUCCUGGACUCAAACCCCCACAGUGCCUCAGCAGCAGCAGACUGGGUUUGGGCUUUGUCAAGAGCUUCCCUGAAUGUUCCUCUUCUGUAGCGUCUCUUUCAGGAUGUUCUACGCCCUCUAGUGGUCCGCAGAAGCCUUUGCUCCCCAAGUGUGUGCUGAGUAAAUCCUCAACACUGGGCUAUAGUCUGACUCACUCAUUCGCUGCUAAACCACAGCACCUGCUAGUGGUAGGGAGGAGCCAAGAAAAGCAUCAGAUUAAAACCCUGUCUCUUACUCCGGAGUCUAACCACAAUGUUCAGAGGUUUGAGAAACCUGCAGGUCCAGCUGACCUUCCAGAUGGAACAGAGGAAAUGUCCUUCUCUUCUGGUUCCUCUGAUAGAAAUGAGAACUGUGAGGACCUGCUGGAUGACUUUGACCACUUGGGUGACCAAUCACACAAUGGUGUGCCCGACAACAGGUGCCUGACCACGCCCACACAGACACGCCUCUGUAACGUCCUGCACGAGGACUGGGUCGGUGUUACAGAUGUGGAUUCUGUCGGAAGUUCUUCUCUGGAGCUCUCGCCCUCCAGCAGUUCUGGUGGAACUUACAUGUGGGAUGAAGAUAUGAGCUACACACACUCACACACACACCACUGUGGUGAUGAGCCCGACAUCAACACUACACUGACCAAUCAGGUCGCAGCACUGAGAGGCAGUAAAACUAAUCAGGAUGAAGGCACUUGUUUACACUGGCACAAUAAACAAUGUUUAUUUUAUUCAACAAUAAAACUGCCUGUAAUGAUCUUCUCUCAGGAUGCUGUUAAUAAUUUGGAAAAUGUAGCAGCCUUUGAUCUCGAGGAGAAUGACCUCGUACUGGAGCUGCAUGAGGAUGGAACCUUACACAGCGGUGGAACCAUCCACUCUGAACGUUCUGAGAAGAGAACACAGCAGCAGAGACUCAGCAGAGUGAACCAACACAAUCAUAACAGGCUGCUAAUGCUGCAGGGUUUUGACGAAGGUCCUACAGUUCAGUCAGAUGACCACAUGGUGGCAAUAGAGGAGUUUAGUCUGAAUCAGAUGCUGCAGGAUUUCUCGUCUGUUAAAUCACAGCUGCUCAAACUGAAGCUUUUACUGCAGGUGGAAGAAGGUGAGAGAAACAGGAAAGACUUGACUGAAGUGAACAGCGCCGCCCUGCAGGUGGAGAUGUUGACGAAGGAAGUGACAAUUCUCAGAGAAGAACUGAAAAAUAAAGACAAUAUCAUCACUCAGCUUACAAACAAACAACAACAACAACAACACAAACAACAACAGCACCGACUGCAGCACCGGUCACUCUCAGGGUCAGAGGUUAAAGAGGUUAAAGGUCAGAAGGCUGAUAAAUUCACGCAGACGCCGCGGAGGCCCGCCCACACUGUUGGACUUUCUCUCUGGUCGGCUCUGCCUCCUCCAAUCACAUCACUCCAGCUCCCCCCCGCUUCAAGUUCUGUAGCCAUCCAGCCCACAGCUCAGCGAGGCCUGCACCCAGGAACCAUCAGCAAGUUCAACCACCACCGGGGCCCCCAGUAA